AUUUAACAAAAUUAAAAAAAUUAUGGUAAAUCUAGCAACGAAGAAAACCACGAAGGCAGUCGCCUUCGUGGUCAUAUUGCUUGCUAUUUUCAUAAAUGUUGGAAAUGCAGUUAUUUUUAAGAAGAAAGUUAAGCUGAAAGGGAGGAAUAAGUUCCAUUUUUUGACGAAGUUUGCAAUAGGCGAGGAUAAGACAGGAUAUACGAGGAUGAGAGCGAGGUUCAUUAGACCAUGGACGCAGGGGCUGGAUACACCGGAUACGAUACCGAUUGAUUUUAAUAUUUAUACGGAUGAUCAGUGGGAUAAGGUUAUUAAUUUGGAGGAUAAUGAUUGUUGGGGCAAAGCAUCUUUGCAGACGAUUGACCAGUGGCUUAAUGUUCCUACUAAUGGUGAAUGGACCGAGUCAGUCCAGCAUCAUCUGAAUGCUGAUAGGCAGACUAAGCUAUGGUUCUUCUCAGUCUGUGACUGAGAAGAACUGGCUCAUACUAUAUUGCCUACCCUACCAAAAGUUGAGAUAGAGUUGUUCAUGAUUAAUGAUGAAUCUCAUUUCUCUCAAGAGGAUAUGUACAUCCUUCCAUUUUAUGUUGUGAUGUUCAUAGUUUUCUUAAUAUUUAUGGGAAAAUCUAUCCUCGAAUUUUACAACGACUUUAAGAGUGAGGAAUCUGUUGAGAACCCUCUAAUUCCUCUUAUGAUCAGCAUUAAUGCUGACAUUAUGCAUCUUGGAUUCAUGUGCAUUCAUCUAUUUUUCAUUUAUAGUGAUGGAUCCGGAUUCUUUGUGUUCAGUGUGUUUGCGAGACUGUUUAAAAUUAUAUCACAAGCUACAAUGAUGUGGCUACUGAUUACUAUUUCUUUUGGGUGGACAGUGACAUACAAAAAUAUGGUAGAGACAGAUAUUUACAUCCUGACUGCCAUUUUUGUGAUAAUGAUUCAUCUUCUGAUUGGAGCACUAACAUACGUGGACGAUGAAGAGCAUCACAAAUAUCAUGACUUUGGAGGAGUUCAAGGGGUUAUCUUAAUGAUACUGAGACUAAUUAUUUUUGGAGUAUUCGUGUAUGGAAUUAAGGACACUUCCAAUAGCGCAGAUAGAAAGCAGAAGUCCUUCUUAUGGUCACUAACCAUUACAGCCACUACUUACAUUCUCUCAUUCCCAACUCUGUGGAUCAUCUCAAUGUUUAUGGAUAGAUAUGUAAUUAAUAGGUUUAUCACUUUCGGAACUUACAGUGCACAGGCAUUUGCAGCUUACUAUAUUCUACAUCAAUUGACAAAGAAAGGGUCAAGCUAUUAUAAAGCAUCUCACAAGUCAAAAACUCUUUUGCCAGGAGCCAAAUUCGAUUAGAAGACUUAUUCUAGAAUUACCGUCAAUCUUUAUUAAUUUUAGU